CAGACCGGGAACCUGUGCACAGCCAUCCUUGCAACUGACAGCGCGAUUGUUCAGCCGGACUUCCUCUCUCAACUGCAACCUGGAAGUCGCUCGCGAACUUUUCGACUGCGCAACGGAAGCUUCCACACUUGUUCCAUCGCAAAGCACUUCGCCUUCCGCCCGUUUACGCCUUUUCCCUUGUGACUUCAACCAAUUCAUCAUGUUCGAGAUGGAAGUUUCGACUGCCGAGGACCGCUGCGAGGAGCUUCGCGAUCUGAGCGUUGCUAACCUCAUCGUCUCGAUCGUUAUCCUCAUUGGGUUGCUCAUCAGCUACCUCCCGCAGCACGUCCGCAUCAUCAAGCGCCGCACUUCCGAGGGCAUUUCGCCCUACUUUGUCCUCCUCGGUACCACUUCCGCGACUUCCGCCUUUGCAAACAUCCUCCUUCUCCCCAAGUCCCGCCAGGAUGUCGCUUGCUGCAAGGAGCUCGAAGCCUUCCACUGUGUCGCCGGCCUUCUCGGUAUUGCCCAGCUUGGCGUCCAGUGGAUUUGCUUCACCUUCAUUUUCGUCCUGUUUCUCGUCUUUUUCCGCUACCAUGCUGUCUACGAUGCCGAAAAUGAAGAGCUGGAGGGAGAAUCCCCGAGAUGGCAGACCGCGUUGCUGGUGGCGUCGCUCACCUUGCUGCACGGUCUCGCCGUCAUCGUCGUGACUGGGAUCCUGUCUACCACGGCCAAGGAACACCUCGCCAUCUGGGCUAAUGUGCUCGGCGUCAUGGCGGCCCUUCUCGCCGCUGUGCAGUACAUUCCGCAGAUCUGGACCACGUAUCACCUCAAGCAUGUCGGUAGCCUCAGCAUUCCGAUGAUGUGCAUCCAGACCCCGGGCGGCUUGGUCUUCGCCGCGAGCUUGUUUGCCCGCCUCGGCUGGGCCGGCUGGAGCUCGUGGGGCAUCUUCGUCUUGACGGCUACCAUGCAGGGUAUCCUCCUGUGUCUGGCCGUCUACUACGAGGUUCAGGCCCACGCUCGCCGCUCCGAGACUCCGAAGUCGCCGUCGCCGAUCCUGGGUCGGUCGCAUCUGCAUGCUAACGGCUUCGAUGACGACACACCGGGCCGGUACACGUCGCACCCGGAGAUCUACGCGAGCGACCUGUCCGACUUGCAGACAAUUCUGGACCGCCAGGAGAGCGAUGCCGCCUUUGACACGACCCCGCUGCUGCGGCCUGGCGGCAUUGGCGAUCCCCACCGCAACUACGAUACCAACCGGGGCUAGGUGAACCGGAAGGAUAUUCCGUAUUGAAGCAUCAGAGACCGAGACACCUUCUCUCGGCUCUGGAUGGCAGUAACAUUCAAGCCGAAGGAUCGGUCCUCGACUACGUGGCCCUCUGCCUGAAAGGAGGCAAUACAGGGAUGGCCUUGGGCGGUUAUUAUGCUGGAUUUGAUGGGGCCUCGUCUGGCUCCUGCUCAGGCAUUG